GCUUUUGUAAUGCUGAUAAUAUUCUUCUUUCUGAUUUUUCCCUUAAUACAUUUUCUCUCAUAUUUCUCUCUCUAAACUUCUUGUUCAACAAGUUUUCUGCAUAUUUCUUCAAAUUUCAUCAUAAACUUACCGAUUUUUACUGAACUUCAAUUAAUUUUACCGUAUUAUUUUUAAAGCGACAAUAACACCCCUUUAAUCUUCAAGUUUUCCAUUAUACCCUUAAAACCCCAAAUAAGUGAAUCGAGUUCUUAGAGAAAGUCAGAAAGAAGUAUAGAGGUCAAAGGAGAGAGAUAUGGAAGAAAGUGGAGUGAAUCCAACUUCUCCAGGGGUCUCCCCUGUUCAACUCAACGAUUGCCUCGAAGAUCUUCUCAAAUUCAUCCUUCAAUCUUCCAUUAAUGGCACCCUUGGUUUUAACCUUGGCUUAUCUCCUGACUUUUGUUCAGGACUUCUUAAUCAUGAUGAUCACAAUGCUGAACAUGUUAAUCAUCCUUUCCCCUCUUCUAAUGAUUUUUCAGAGGGGGUUCCAUCACACCCUUUAUACAAGAAAUUUGCUUCUGCUUUGCAACAAUGUAUCAUUUCUGGGUCAUUCUUUUCAAGUAGUGAAAAUGUGCCAGAAUUAUUAUUUGAGGAUGAAUCAUUGCAAGAUAUGAAAAUUCAAUGGAAUGAGUUGAUUUCUCAAAAAGGGUCUGAAUUAUUACAUAUGUUGAACAGCAUCAAAUUUGAACUUCAUGUUCAGGAGCCUUAUUUUUCGCAAUUGAAAGAUGGCAUGAAAACAGUUGAAGGAAGGUGUGCAGUUGGAAACUAUAAUCGAAUUCAAUCAGGAGAUUUGGUUUUCUUCAACAAGUGCUUGAUGCUUGAGGUUCAGGAUGUCCGCCAUUAUUCUUCGUUCUUGGAGAUGUUGGAAGCAGAAACUUUGAAGGUUGUACUUCCAGGGGUACUGACGUUUGAAGAAGGUGUAAAAAUUUACAGAAAUUUCUACACCGAGGAAAAGGAGCAGUCAAAUGGCGUCCUUGCAAUAAGUGUUGACAGACCAGCUUCUCAGCCUUAUGCUGUCUUAUCUGAUGUUAUUAUGGGCCUUGGUCAUAAGGGCAUACAGAGCCUUUUAGGACUUAAGCAAACUGUUGGGACAAUUUCAGAUGCACUUCCACCUCCAAGAUCAACUCUCCUCUCAUCUUUUGCAUUGCCGCAUAAAUCAAAUAUUAAAGGUUGUGCCUUGACUGAAGGUGCCAGAGCAUUGACUAAGCAUGUCAAUAGAUGCAGCAGCAAUUAUUGGGGUAAAGUAGAAGGAAAUGAUUUCAAUAAGAACCAGCUUGCCAAUGAGGUCAUAACACGUAUCAUAGGUCAUUGUCAAUGGUUGAAUGUGCAUAUUGUCCAACCACAUGGUGCUGUUUUUGAAAUACGAAAUUCUCAAGGUUAUGGUGCCCGGUGGUCUGCAGAUGGUACCAAGUUCAUAGGCUUUUUGGAACCAUACAUGGUUAAUGGACAUUUGAAGAAAUGGAGGCACUAAUUCGUUUGUGAGAAAUGCGCUAUAUAUCCGCUCCCAAUUAAUACUUCAAAUUACAGAUUGUAAACUUAUACUGCAUCUGUUUGAUACUGUGAUGUGCUGAGACUGAUAUCUCUUCGUACAAUAAAAUUACUCUCGAAAACCUGCUGUCUGA